CUGAAGAUUGUAGCCCAUAUAUGGAUGAGACAUAUAUGGAUGCUACCUUGUACAACGCCUUAGCAAAAGGCAAGGUCAAUAUGCUGGAAAGUUUGCUAGAAAACAAUAAUCUCAGGCUCCAAUUGACCCCCAAAAGGAACACAAUCCUUCAUAUUGCAGCUCAGUUUGGUCAGCUGGACUGCGUUCAAUGGAUCCUUCAUCAAUGCUUGCCUUCAUCUUCAUCUUCAUCUCUACUGCAGCAACCCAAUCUGAAAGGUGAUACCCCACUUCACCUUGCAGCCAGAGAAGGGCAUUGUCAGGUCGUUUUGGCUCUCAUUGCUGCUGCAAAAGCACAUCAACAAGAGAUCGAAAGUGAGAUUGGAGCAGAUAAGGCAAUGCUGAGGACGGAAAAUAAGGAGAAAGACACAGCCUUGCAUGAAGCAGUGCGGUAUCAUCACUCGGAAGUGGUGAAGUUAUUGAUUAUGGAAGAUCCUGAGUUUGUCUAUGGUGCCAAUAUUACAGGCCACAAUCCCCUUUACAUGGCAGCUGAGAGAGGAUACGGAGACUUAGUGCAAAUCAUCAUAGACAACACUCACACUUCACCAGCUCAUUAUGGCAUCAUGGGUAGAACAGCCUUGCAUGCUGCUGUAAUUGGCAAUCAUCUAGAUAUCACAAUGAAGUUGUUGGAAUGGAAACCAAGUCUCACGAAAGAGGUCGAUGAACAUGGGUGGUCUCCGCUUCAUUGUGCUGCCCACUUUGGUUAUGUUAAAAUUGUGAAGCAAUUACUCGACAAGUCAUUAGAUAAGUUUCCAACUUACCUUAGAAUCAAAGAUGGCAAGAAAACAGCCCUACAUAUUGCAGCUGGUCGUGGUCAUAUCGACAUAGUAAAGCUCUUGGUGCAACACUGUCCCGAUUGUUGCGAGCAGGUUGAUUGUAAGGGCCAAAAUGUUUUUCACUUUGCCAUGGCGAAGAAGCAAGAUGAUUAUCCAGGGAAAUUCUUAGAAAUUGAUGGGUUAAAGCUGCGAGGACUUGUAAAUGAGAAAGAUGUUGAAGGAGACACACCCCUCCACCUGCUUGCUUCUUACCUAGUUGAUGAUGAAGAUUUUAUAGUGGACCAUACAGUGGAUAAGAUGGGGCUCAACAGUGAAUACUUCACUCCUAACGACAUAGCUUCUCAAGCCACCCACGAUUGGGUAAACAAGAGCUAUAUCCUACAUUACUUAAGAAAAAGUAAGGAAGGGGGUGUUGGACCUUUAAGUUGGCUCCUAGGCAUCAAAGAAGGCCAUGGUUGCAGUGAAUCCGAAAACAAAGAUUAAGACAGGACACGGAAAAAAGAUGAUCAAAUCUUCUUCACCUUACACAAAACAGCUGAAACCCAUUUGAUAGUGGCCGCGCUCAUAACAACGGUAACAUUUGCCGCAGGUUUCUCCGUGCCGGGAGGUUACAAGGAGGAUAAGGACAGUAGCCAAGGAACAGCCGUUCUAGCAAAGAAAGCAGCUUUUAAAGCAUUUGUUGUGACCGAUACCAUAGCCAUGGUGCUUUCUAUAUCUUCUGUAUUCGUCUCUUUUUUAAUGGUAUACCAUAGGAAACUAGAGAUGAUACGAAACAGCUUAUUGUGGGGCACUCUUCUCACCAUGUUCGCCAUGGGAGCAAUGGUGGUUGCGUUUAUGACAGGCUUGUACGCUGUGUUGCCGCUAUCCUCGCUUCCCAUUGCUAACUGUGUCAUUUGCUGCUUCUUUUGCAUUUUCUUUUAUUAUUUAUUUAGACAAAUUUUAAAAGAUGAAGAUUAGAAGGAUACUGUACUUCAAUCAUUUUUCUUGCAAG